UAUAUACAUGUUAUAUUUAUAUUAUUCAGUACUUUGAUUUUGUGCUUCACACGGAUAUUUUUAAACUGGAGUAGUGCCAGUUUUUCCAAACAGUUAGUUAUGUCAGUCCGGUAUGAUUCCUCCACGUCGUCAAUAAUCCCACAGGAUAAAUUCGUAAAGAAGCGUUCCUUGAACGAUCGUAUCGGGAUCGGUUUCCUGGUUGUUACAUUUGUAGCUAUCAUCCUGGGACUGGCCAUUGGGAUUCCACUCUCAAAACGAAGUACAGGCGGUGGUGGAACACCACGUUCCACUGAGCUCCAGAAAGCAAUAGAUUUACUGACCGAAAAUCCAUUAAUCGACGGACAUAAUGAUUUGCCUUGGCAGUACAGACAAUAUGCCAAUAAUUCCGUGUAUUCGGUAAACCUCGGACAGGACAUGCGGAACACGUGGACUGAGACAAUACCAUUGGAUGACACAAACUUUCCCAGAAUUCCGCCGCAGACGGACAUCGUGCGACUCAGAGAAGGAAAAGUUGGUGGACAGUUCUGGGCGGUUUUUGUUGCUUGUGCGUCUGUUGACAAGGAUGGCACAAGACAGGGUCUUGACCAAACUGACGUCAUUCUUAAGUUCACUGAGAAAUACGAAGACUUCCAACUAGCCACCACAGCUCAAGGUAUAACAGAUGCAUUUAAAGCUGGGAAGAUUGCAAGUUUGAUUGGUCUAGAGGGAGGUCACAUGAUUGGGAAUAGCUUGGGAGUCCUGCGCAUGUACUACAGACUUGGUGUUAGAUACAUGACCUUGACACACAGCUGCGAUACUUUAUGGGCGGAAAAUUAUAAGGCAGACACAAAGAACCCCCCACCGAACAAGGGAUUGACAGACUUUGGAGAGAAAGUCGUUAAAGAAAUGAACCGUCUAGGAAUGAUUAUAGAUCUGUCACACACUUCUAUCCAAACACAAAAGGACGCCAUCAGAGUGUCACGUGCUCCCGUGAUCUUCAGCCAUUCGUCAGCUUACGCUCUGUGUAAUCACUCGAGGAAUGUGAAUGACGAGGUCCUACAAUUAACAAAAGGAAAUAAGGGUCUCGUCAUGAUUAAUUUUUACAGGGGAUACAUUGAUUGUAGUGGCUCCAACAGUAGUAUAUCUGAUAUUGCUGAUCACAUUGAUUACGUAAAGAAUUUGAUUGGCGUUGACUACGUGGGAAUUGGUGCGGAUUACGAUGGAGUGCCCACGUUGCCUACUGGUGCUGAAGAUGUAUCAAAAUUCCCAUAUGUAUUUGAAGAACUAAUCAAGAGACAGUGGUCAGACGCAGAUCUUAUCAAAUUGGCCGGAGGAAACAUUUUAAGAGUGUUCAGGGAAGUGGAGGCGGUCAAAAGCAGUCUGUCUAACGAGGAUCCUAUUGAGGAUAUUUUUGAUAAGAAUCUGAGAAACCAAAACUGUACCACAGGAUACUGAAGGAAACAAUGAAAAUCAUCAAGUUUGAAAUCAAAGAUAUGUAAAAAAAAAAAAAGCUCGAAACAAGUUAUACAGAAUUUUCGCUUAUAUAAAGUGAUUUAUAAAUUGAGCCUGACAGUAUAGUUCAUGUAUCAUCUAUCUUCACAAUUUCUCCAAUUCUUUUUACGGCCAUGGUAAAAAAGAUUAUUAAUAGUAUUUCUGUUUUUCCUCAACCGUUAUCUUUUAUAUAUGUUCUUUUAAAUUCAAACGAUUACUGGGUUGUCAAGAAAGUGAUUGAAAGAAAUUUAUUAAAUGAAAACUAAAGUGUAAAAAUAAUAAUAAUGCAAAUGAACAGUAAUUUAAAUUUCUGAACUGAAUUUCUACAUGUAACAUCUUUUAAGUCAUUUAUGUUUAGUAAUUAAUGUUUGUUUGUCGAUGUUUGUUGAUAUGUGUUGUAUUUUGUCUAAAUAUCUUAGAAAUAAACUUAAGUCCCAGUUACUCUUUAAUCAGGAUCUACUUUUAAAAUGAAUGUAUGUUAUUGUCAGCUAUUCUGCAACAUAUAUUAUAUGUAUGUAAUUGCAUAUAUAUUGUUUAUAAGGUUUAUGAAUAUUGGCGCUUGUUUUAGUUUUGAUUAUCAUAGGUUUAUGAUGUUAUAUAUUUUUAAUUCAUUUUCACUGUUACAGUAGCAUUUCUUUAUUGAACAAACAUCAGUAGCACAUGUAGAGCUUACUUAGUUACAUGUAUCACAAUAUUUUUUAAAAUAAACUCACGAUGAAGUUGAGAAAUUAAAUAAAAAAAUUAAUAAAUUAAUUUAAAAAAUAAAUUAAUUUUAAAAAGAGUAAAGGUAAAGUUUUGAUCUAUAAUUCUGUAUAAUUUCAAUAGUAUACAGCACACUAGUAUUUCCUAUAUUUUAUCUGUUAUUAUAAAUUAUCCUAAAUAUAAUACGUAUUGUACGUAAAGAGAAAUGUUAAUCUCGGUGUUUGAAUGUUCUUACCAAUUUCUUCUUGAAAGACUAACAUUAACAGUAUGUUGCAUCACAAAGUCAAUCUGAAAAGUAAAUUGAUCCGAAUGUUUGAGCUAGCUUGAAAUACCUCUUAUGACCAAUAUAACAGUACUAUUAUUUAAUAAGAAACAAGUGGAGUUUCUUAUGUGAAUGAUGCAUUAACCUCAUGAGGACAUGUGAUCAUAAAUGUCCUCCACUCAGAUAUUGAGUCUAAGGAUUAAGCCACGCCUAUUUAUAUCACGUGAUCUCAUUUUUGGAUAUAUUUUAAUGUCACACUUUUACUCAUACCUCGCUAGACAUUAAAAAAUGUAAAUAUUUUGCAAUUAUUUUUUUCUUAUUGUGUUAUGUCAAUAUAUUGUACGCAGGAAAAAUAUACUCUAGAAUAAACAGUGACACAGAUA